AAACUCGAGAACUUUGGUAGUCGUAAUAGCCAACGCAGAUCGGAGUCGGAGGUACCUCCAUCGGCGAUCCCUAAUUUUGAUUUCAAAAUUCCGGCAAUGUCAUCAUCGUCUUCUCAUCCCGCCGAGGGUGACGAUGUUUAUAUAAGACAGAGUAAAGGAGCUCCGUUCAAGUUCUUGGUUCCGCUGAUUUAUGCUCCUGUUCUUCCUCUCAUUCGAAUUGCAUUGAAGCACAAACCGGUUUUGAGGGAUCGUUUGUUCAUAGGAGUUUUGGUUGGGGCAUUUGCUCAUGGAUCUUACUUGGUAUCAGAUCUUUACGACAGCGAGAGCAAAUGAACCAGCAGAGCAUUCUGCAUGCAGCUUUGUGUGUGUUGAUCAAAUGUAGCAUGGUGCUAUGGUAAUAGCCUAAAAGGAAGCUUCAAAUUUAUCAUUAAAUUUUGUUGGACUUGAUUGGUAGUUAGUUUGGAACAAAAUAAGAAUCCGGGAACUCGAUAGUACCAAACUUUAAGGAUGAGAAUUCAAUAUUUUUGGUGGUGAUGUAUUGUUACCAAGGUGGUCUGAGCUUUUUCUUGUUUUUGUUUUGACUUUCACUUGACUGCUAUAAGCAUUCUUUGCUUUCUACU